AUGGCCCGACCCUCACAGAAGCGUCGCAUUGUUUCGAAAGAUGGCCCAGUCAAACGCAUACGGGCUGCGAACGCUACGAGAAGGGCACAGCCCGUCAAAACGAACAAACAGAGAACGCCAACUGCACGACGAAGAGCGCAAAGAGCCCCCCUAGCUCCCCCUCCCCCGUUAAACACCGCACCCACAACGGUGCUCGAUGUGUUUGUCUUUGGAACUGGCGACGCCGGCGAGCUGGGCUUGGGUCCGGAGAUUGCAGAGGCGACGCGGCCACGGCUCAACCCGUUUCUCAGCGCGACGUCUACACCGGCGGCAGGCACCACGUCAUUUGACGUCGUGCAGCUCGCUUGCGGCGCCAUGCACUCGGUGGCGCUGACGCGCGACAACCGGAUCGUGACGUGGGGCGUCAACGACGGCGGCGCGCUCGGCCGAAACACAGACUGGAAGGGCGGGAUGACAGAGCUCAACGAGGGCGACAGUGACAGCGAGAGCGACUCUUCUCAAGGGGCAUCGCUGAACCCCCAUGAGUCCACACCGACGGCCAUUGAUCCGAGCAGCUUCCCUGCGGGCACCGUCUUUACGCAGGUGGCGGCGGGCGACAGCUGCAGCUUUGCGCUGACCGACACGGGGCUUGUCGGUGAGAAACAGCGCGUGCCGGUGCGCAUCCCCGGACUGCAGGGCAUUACGCAGAUCGUGGCCGGUGCAAACCACGCGCUCGCCCUGCAGGGCCGCGCAGGCGGGCCGCGCCAGACACGGGCAAGAAUAGGAACAGGAGCAGGAACAGGAACAGGGGCAAGAACCUCUGUCCACGUUUGGGCGUGGGGAAGCAAUGACGUGGACCAGCUUGGCCGCCGCCUCGUGCCCCGCCGCCGCCCCCUGUACAGGGACGAUGUGGUUCUCAAUGCCGCUACGGAGCCGGUCCUGGUCGAGAUGCCCGGCCGGGCCGCCGAGGACAUCGCCCUGGUGGCCACGGGCGAGUACCACACCUUUGCCGUCGGCGCGAGCGGUCGCGUGUGGGCCUGGGGCCUCAACACAUUUGGCGAGACGGGCGCGGCCCCGGACGAGCUGCGACGCCGCGGUGCCGACGCCUCACCAACCAUACCAGGGCCGACGCAGGUCGCCGCGCUGGCGGGCGAGCGCGUCGUGGCCCUCGCUGGCGGCGGCCACCACUCGACCGCGGUCACGACCGACGGCCGUUGUCUGGUCUGGGGCCGCAUCGACGCUGGGCAGCUGGGUAUAGCCCUCGACGAGCUGGCAGCGGCCGACGCCGCCGCGCGAGACCCAGCCCACCGACGGCUCCUGCGCGACGAACGCGGCCGGUCACGCGCUUGUCUCUUGCCCGCCACCGUCAACCUCAAUCUCGGCACGGACGCGGCCACAGCCACAGCCACGGACACGGCAGCAGUCGCCGUUGCCUGCGGCACGGACCACACGAUCAUCGUGACUGCGGCCAGCCCGCACGGUGUCUUUGGUGCCGGCUACAACGGCCAAGCGCAGCUGGGCAUUGGCGGCGGCGAGGACGAUGACGAUGACGUGCCCGUGGCCACGUGCCUCCGCAGCAAAACGCUGCGUGACCGGCGCUUGACUUGGGCCGGUGCUGGCGCUCAAUAUUCCAUGGUGGCGGGGCCUCGGCCGGGGUAA